AUGAAUGGAUGGGUUUUGCGAGAAAAAAACGUCAAUCCUCCCUUGCUAAGUUUCAGCAGAUUGGCCGGUGUUUACAUCGACGGCAAUGAAGUUGUGAUACAACUCAAGAUAAAUCCGCUAACAUCAGAGUUUUCGCUCAAAUCAUUUCUGGGUAACACCCUCACCCAUGAAACUUUUGGCUUUAAGGCGAACGAAACCAAAAACCUCCCCUUUAUCCUUGAGUACCUUGCACGUUUUUCGGUAUGCUGUGGACUCCCCGCAAACGACCACAAUGAUUCUGUUGUUAGAAAAGAUAGCGAUGAAAUGUGCACCCAGGUCAAAAUUGGCACGCGAACAGCCUAUUUGUCACGCAAAUGCCAUCAAGUGGUGCCGUCCCUGGGGGAGACCUGUGUGGAGUGUGGAUAUCUAAAAAGGCUUUUGUCCAAAAGAAAAGAGACAUACUCCAAUAUCAUGAAGACCAAAAACUCUCUUAUGGGUGACGAAGAAAAGCUAGCUAAAGUGAAUUUUAUUUUGAAAGAAAAGAGAAAUGCUCAACGGCGAGAGGAAUACUGGCGAACGAAAUUUGAAUCUGAGUGCUUGUGUGCCACGGAUGAAGACCACCUCGAUUUUAAAUCCAUGCUGAGUUCUGUGGACACCUCCAAAAUAAAAGGAGACAUGGCUCUUCUGCUGGAGCAACAGCAAAUGGCUCUUACGAGAAAAUCCUCAAAGGGAUACAGAUGGCACCCAAAGUGAGUUACUGUGUAGGAUAUUAUAAAGGGGGCGCAUAUUAUAAUAGAAACCCAUUCGUUUGAUUGAACAUCUUCAGUAAGGAAAAUAAUACAUAUUGCACAAUGCCUUUUUACGUCAACUCCCAGAAUCCUGCAGGUUUGUAGCUUUCUCGACCAAAUUUAUAGUAUAAUUUUAUAUAGCAUGAUAUCAUCGUACCUGUACUUUUGAUUUAUAUGUUCUGGGGGCAAUUUCGUAAAGUGAAGUAAAUCAUUCACCAUUAUCCCAUAUAUCAUAAUGCACCUUGUUUACCCCCAAAAGUUUACAUCACCACCGUGUUCAGUUCCUCUUGGGAUGACUGUAAAAAAAUGUUUCAAGGUUAACAGGUGCACAAUAUUAAGGUCUAUGUGAAAGUGGUAAAAUAGCCAUAAUGAUUUAAUAGCUUAGUGUAUGAGUUUGGAAGUACCAGUAAUAGGCCACAAGUUAAAUUACAACCAUAAGGUACUGACAAUCUAUUCCACAGAAUUAUUCGACUGUGUCUCGACUUGUAUUCAACAUCCCCGAAAGCCUUCAACACUUUGAAACAACAUCUCAUUCUUCCAAGCAAGAGGCUCAUCAGGUAGAAACAUGGCUCUAAUAUGUUAUUCUUGCUACAAAACCCAUUUCUUGGAUGCAAAAUAGAAAGUGCAACUACUGAUCACUGGCCAAUAAUAAUAUGCUUAUUUACAAUAAUAAGGUAUUACAAGAAUUCAGUUUCAAGUGCAUCUGGCUGGAAUCCUGAAGUUUUUUCUUGGUGUCACCGAGAAGCACGCAGGUUGAAUUUGAAAGACAAGGAUCUAUGGGGAGGACUGAUAUUUGAUGAAAUGACAAUACAGGUACAUAUUCUUAGACCUUUCAUGUGUUUUAAUUAUGCUUCUGAACCUUAACCCUAUAAAGUCUCAAAGGUAACCAAAAUCGAUUUUAUCCAAACAAUGCAAACACAGCUGUACAUUCUUUGAUCACUGGAUUUAAAUGAUCAAAAGACUUUAAACAAAAUAAUAUCGUAAAAAUAAGAGGCAAUAUUUACAUAUAUGUUGCAUGAGUCUAUAAAUUAUCUUUUUUAUAGAGGUUGGCAGAAUACAUUAAAUUACAUGUGUGUUUACACAGGAGGAUUUGGAGUUUGCUAGAGUUGGUGGACAGAAAAGGUUGAUGGGUGCUGUUUCUCUUGGACAAAGUUAUGAAGAUGUCAGAAGUUUAACUGAAGGUUUGAGAGAUUCUUAUACAUUGUAAAUGUUCAAAUAAUACUGAAAACAUUAAUUUACAUAUUACACUUUGAAACGAACUGCAACAAUUAAUUCAGUCUAUAGCCUCCAUCUGAAGGAGACUAGAUGAUGUGAGAGUAAUGCGGAAACACAAAAAAUAAAAUGAUGAAACAUAUCUACGCAACUCUAUCAAGAUCUCAGAAAAUUUUAACAACAAUUAAUCACCUUUUACUUUUUUAAAAGGCAACAAUGAUCCUGAAUUGGCUUCAAAAGUGAUGCAGUUUGCAUUAGUCACCGACAGCGGUUUUCGCUUUGCCUUAGCCCAUUUUCCUGUCAAAAGCUUGCCUGCAGUAACACUACUAGAGAAAUUCUGGGAAGGUAUUGAACGCUGCAACAGACUGGGAUUUAGGUAAGUAAGAUAUUUUGAUCUAAUACCAUUCCAUCUGGGAGUCACAUGAACACACAAGAUGCUGCAAUAACUGUUGCUAAAUAAAUAAAUGUUUACAAACUAGGCUUGAAAUGAAAAAAUUUCACACUUUGUAUUUCUUAAAAUUGUCAAAUUUUUAGAAAACUUGAAGGGCAAAUAAAAAAUCAAUGUUGAAUAUGUUUAAAUAAUUGAAAGUAAGCAAAUAAAUUAGCACAGCUUCAAGUGUGCAAUGAAUUAGUUUCACUUGGCAUCUAUACUGGUAACCAUGCAUUGCUUUUGAAAUAUAUGUUCUUUUUGAGUUGGAUAAUGUACUACACUUAUGACUUUUAAACGAUGGAAAAAUACAAACAAAAUAGCAGAAAUGAAAAUUAUGUACAUCAAAUGCAUUUUAGACUGACCUAUAACACUAACAAUCUGUCCUUUGUACUUUCUUAUUACAGAAUUUAUUGGGUGUUGUGUGAUGGAGGGGAGCCAAACAGGUCCUUUGUGAAGCUUCUUUACCCAUAUGGAACAGAUCCAGCAGAACAUCACUUUGUUGCAGACAACUUGCACACAGGACGGAAAAUUGUCACGAUGGCAGACUCCAAGGUAAAACAACGAAAAUACAAUGAAAUCGACUAUCACACCCAAGUGAAGACAACCUGCCUAAAAAAUAUAAAGAAAAUAUUCCAUACACUAGAGACCUUUAAUGACUUAUAGAAAGUUUAAACUCAAACACUGCAGUAUUAAAUAAAUUUCUGUCUUCCCUUUAUAGCAUAACUUCAAGAAAAUAAGGAAUCACCUCGAAAAAAGUACCCUGCAAUCAAACAGUACAAGGCAAUUGACAGUGAACAAUUCAAGAAUACUCUUCAAGUUCUGGAAGGAUGCCUAUGAAUGGGACCAAGGCAGCCACUCCCUUCCCCUGCAUGAGAGAUUAACAGAUGGACACUUUGACCUAAAUCCAAGAUCCAGAAUGCGAAAUAGUCUAGCUGAAAUGUAUUAGAUAAAAGAAUGUUGUUUCUCAUGGAGGUAUUUGACAUUUUGCAUUUGAAAACUAUUCUUCAAGUGAAAAUGCCUGCAGUGAAGGUAGUCAAAAGAGAUGUGGAACAGCAUAUGUUGUGAUUUACUUGUGUCCUUGGUUGAAAUUAUAUUUCCAUUUCUGGGGGUGUAUGGUGAUGUAUAAUAAAGGUGUUGAAACGAAAUAAAUAAAAUUGAAACAAAGGAUAACAUUGAACAAAAAAAAUACACACUAAAUUUUUUAAUUAUCUUUUUAUCAGUCGAUAACAGUACAUGCAGCACUUCUCUAUAAGGACAGGCCUUUUAAGUUCAUAAAAAAAACCAUUAACAUCCCAGCGUCAUAUAUUACUUGCUGAAGUAUAGACAAAUAAUUGAAAAAAAAGCAACACUGAACAACAACAUCAAUAUUUUAUUUAUAGACAUUAUUUUCAUUUCGUUAAGAAAUAUAAGGAACAUCUGGCGAGCACAGGACAAACAGCAGAAUCAGCAGCACUGACUGAACCCAUUAUAUUCCUGCGUCACACAAGCCAACUAAUUGAGCUAUUCUCAAGGAAAGAUGUCAUCUCAAAUGUACACGAUGCAAGGCUGUUGAAAGCACGAGAAUUUUUGAAUUACCUACAGAAAUGGAAAGACAACGCUGAGUCACCGAAAGAAUUUCUAUCAGACCAGUUAUGGUUCGACUUGCGAUCAAUGAUCAUUGGGCUGGAGAAAGUUGUGGAAAUCAAACAGAGCUAUUUUGGUGAAGCCACAUUAAAGCCUAUUAUAAUAAAUCAAGAUAUUUUAGAGAACAUCUUUUGCCAGAUAAGAGGUUCAAAUGGGCAGAAUAACCACCCUAAAUACUACACAUAUUCGACAACUCUGACAGCUGUAAAUAUCGGACAAUCUGUAGUUAGUGGCAAAGGAAAUGCUGUAUGUACAGAUAAGAUGACGGGAGUUCAGCUGCCACGUUCUGGCCUUCCCAAUGAACAUCCAUUUUCAAGGAAGCGAAAGCGUUAA